AUGUCGCUUUUAAAUGAGCCCAGUGUCGAUUUCCACUUAAAACUGAAUGAACAGUCUUUCCACAUCCCGAAUGAGCUACUCAAAAAUAAUGUUCAAAAGGUUCAGAAACUAGUGGAACGUGAGAGUAGACGCCUCUGUGGACUGUUUGAGGAGCUGAACUUCGUCGUGGCCGGCCACGACCCUUCAAAUUGUAUCAACAAGCUCAAUGAGAUAAUUAAAGCCGUCGAGUUGCUGGAGAGAAAACUCGAAAAGAGAGUCAACGUAGAAGGCGAACUUUUGAAGCGAAUCGAGUACCGUUUCAAUUACUACAAGGAGCUCGAAGAAUUGAAAAAAAACGAAAAUCGGGACGGACUCAUCUCGUGGUAUCAGAGAUACACUAAUUUACUCAUAGGCGAUUACCUCACCCGAAACAACAAAGUAUAUGACCAAGAACUAUCCUUGGACAACGUCGACACGAUUGUGCGAUUAAAGCGGAAAAAUACAUCUCCGACGGCAUCCCGGUCCCCUGUGAACGCAGGUCUCCAAUUUCUGCGAUCGCAAGGUCUAGAGCAUCAUUUAGACUACGACAUUUUGGUCACUGCAAACCAAAUAUCCAAGAGUCUCGAUGUACAUCAUGAUCUGACUUUGCUGGUGAACUGGAUCAAGGAAAACCAGGCGUAUCUGACCAGUAAAUCAUCUACGCUGGAGUUCGAGACGCGGCUGCAAGAGUACAUUGAGCUCGUCAAAGUUCAGGACUACCCUGCCGCCAUUGGAUGCUUUCAGGAUCACCUCAUCAAAUUUAUCAAUACCAAUUUCGAGGAACUGCAACUCGCCUCGGGUCUUCUGGUAUUUAUCAAGAGUUUCAAGGGGCAAAGGCCACAACAGACGGAGGUAAAGAACGAUGCACACAACUUAAAAUCCAAGCGCGGUUUUUGCCAAUACUUCUUUGGAGUCCCGUCACCCAGAGACCCGGAUGCAAAUUGCAGAUCCUCUGAAAACGAAAGCAGAACCAAAGCUUCGACGAAUGGGGAUUUCGUGAGGUACACCCGCGUUUUGAGUGACGAAAGAUGGAAUAUUUUGAAACGCCUUUUUUUGCAAGAGUAUUACUCGAUGUAUGGAAUAUCGCAACAUGAUCCUUUACUGAUAUACCUUUCUUUGGGAAUUUCGACCCUUAAAACGAAAAGCUGUCUGCUCGACAGGUACUCGCCAGCCAAGGGCAACGAUGAAAUAGACAAGUUUUUCAGCAUUGAGCUGAAUCACUCCAAGUGCCCUGUCUGUAGUCCGGAGUUUGCACCCAUUGCAAACGAUCUUCCCUAUGCACAUCACAUUCAAUCUAACUUAUUUGACAACCCUGUCAUGCUACCAAAUGGUAACAUCUACGACUCAAAAAAGCUCAAGCUGUUGGCGUCAAAACUCGCUAGCAAAAAACUUUACAACCUGGACCAAGGUCAAGUGGUUGAUCCAAUUGAUCGAAACGUCUAUUAUGAAAAGGACUUUGUUACUAUGUACCCCACAUGA